AUGUCAAAAGAUAUAGGGAACCUGACUGAGCUGCCACAGCAGCUUUCAAACUUUUCGAAUUCUUCAAAAUCGGGCUCGGCACUGGUAUCAAGUAUAAUUCUGCCUGGCGGUGAAGGCGAUGACCAAUCCCGGUCGCUGAGCUAUACAUCUUCUAAUGAACCCAAGACAUCUGUGAAACCCAAGGAAACUAGCAAAUUGAACACAAAUGCAACUAAGAACAAGGUCAACAAGAAUACCGCAAAAAACACUAAUAGCAACGCUGCGAAAAAAGUUACGAAAAAGUACUUUUGCUCGACUUGUGGUCAAGGGUUCACCAGAAAGCACAAUAUGGUGUCUCAUGAGUUGAUCCAUUCGUCGAUGAAACCUCAUAUUUGCACCGUGUGCAAUAGUAAGUUUAGAAGGAUCCAUGAUUUGAAACGCCAUGAAAAACUUCACACGGGAGAAAAACCUUACAUUUGUGAUCGGUGCUCUCGAAGUUUCGCUCGUCCAGAUGCUUUAACAAGACACAAGAAUUCCCAAGAUGCAUGUUCAGCAUUGAAAUCAGAAACCGAUUUAACACUACCUAACACUUUGGGCGACCCUGUUAUCAGCGAUGAGUCUGUUAGCGAUAGCAACACUCCUAUGAGCACACUGGAUGGGUCUGGUGGCAAUAAUGUUCGUUCUCGUGGUCAUAAUCGUUCCUAUAGACAACCUUACACUACAACAACUACCACUACCACCACGACCACCAGAAGGUACGAAGAUUCUCGUCUGGGAAACCAAAACGAGAGUCAGAGCCUUCCUCCAUUGGAUAGAGCUCGCGAUAGUUCCCAAUCGCAAACCAAGCUUCCUCCAUAUAGUCUGAUCUUGGGCAACACAUCGGACCAAACCACAGCAUCACCUUCAUGGCAAUUGCCUCUGCAGCAACUUCCGCAUCCACGUCAACACUCACAGAAUCGAUAUCAUUCGUCCCCAAAUCAUUCUCCACACCACAAACAUCAAAAUUUACCUUUUAACGAUAGCCCAAUGCAGGGUGACAUGAACUAUUCUCGCUCGAUUCAUCAUCAGCCAUUGGUUUUGAACAACUUUGAUAGACAGAGAGAGUCCAUGGAACCGCAGAACUUGAGCAUGAAUCAGAUACUGAAUCAGAGCCCAACUUUUAAUCUGAACCAGAACAUGAACCUGAACCUGAACCAGAACCUGAAUCUGACCCCGAACCUGAACUUGAACCUGAACCUGAACCUAAACCUGACUUUGAACCUGAAUCUGAACCCCAACCUGAACCUGAGCCUGACCACAUGGCCAUCGUCAAUUCUGGGUCCUCUGACUCACUCAACUAUAAUGAACCCCGCGCAAGAUCUGGGCCAAAUAAACCCACCGGGUUACCCUUACCUACAUGAACAAACCAAGAACCAAACUCAACAGGAGGAACCCAAAAAUUAUGUUACACUCGCAAAAUAUCAGGAUCUUGUAAACUAUGCACAGUCGUUACAAGAUAGUGUGUCCAAGAUGAAUGUGAGAUUGAAACUAUUAGAGGGUCAACGAGACCAUACCGACAAGCACCAAGCUGACCAUCACAGUGACUAA